GCAUUUUCCUAACGGUUUGUUAAAAGAAUAUAAUUUAUUUCAUUUAUUGACACUCCAUUGUGGGCAUCGUACCGACGAAAUCGGCCGAACGGCUCCGACGACUCACGGCACGCCCUGUUGUGAUCGGACGGUUCGCAGCUCACAUCCGGCUUGUACAGACUGCCAAGCACGGGCCUUUCUUGCGACGCCUCCUUUUCGAGCUUUGGAUGGCCGAGAAGGCGGCGGCGGCGAUGGCGGAGGAAGCGAAUCUCGCGACGGGAUCGCCAUUCUCGGGACGGCACCGCAAGCUUCUGGAGCGGCGAUCGUGGCGGCGCCGACGCGGUCCGGCAAGUCCACCCAGGUGAACCGCUGCUCCCACCAUUGCUGUCUUGCUUCCCCAUCCCUUUCCUUCUUUAUCGGCAUCGGCAUCGGCAUCUUUUGCAUCAUCUUAUUAGAUUGGAUCCCCUUCGAUCUACCAUCAUCUAUUUGUGCGCUUCAAAAGAUUUGCUGCCGACAUGAUCCUAAUCCCGUCUACCUGAUUGUGAUGGACGGUUGAGAUGUGAGGUGAGGAUGCGAGGACGGUUGAGAUGGCGAAUUGGAGUAUUGCAGUUCCCCGUUCGGGUCGGAGAGCGAGCAGAGGUGAUGUCCCUCCGUCCGACGACGCGGGCGGAGGCCCGCAAAAAGUCGUAUAAGGUGGCCGUGGACGCGGAGGAGGCCCGAUGGAGGAGGGAGAAUGUCCUGGUGGAGAUCCGGAAAAGCAAACGGGAGGAAAACCUCAACAAGAAACGAUGCGAGGCCGGGCCGCACCAUCUCAGCCCCCCUCCUACCCACGCAUGCGGGAUGAAGAUUGAUAAUCUUUCUGAAAUGGCUGAAGGAGCAUAUUAUGAGGAUCCAGCUGUUCCGUCAUCAGUAAUAACACAGUUCAGGAGACUCUUGUCAGAUGGUGCACCUAUUGAGGAGGUCGUCAAGGCAGGAAUUGUCCCUCGGGUUGUGGAAUUUAUUUUAAGACAUGAGACACCACUGCCGCAGAUAAAGACUGCUCUACCAGUUCUUCAGCGACUUAUUCACUUGAAUGAUGAAGAGGUUCUUGUGGAUGCCUGUUGGGCUAUAUCACAUCUUUCUCAUGGAAGUAAGGACAGAAUUCAAGCAGUGAUAGAGGCCGGUGUCUGUCCAAAACUUGUUGAGCUUUUGAGUCAUCCAUCACAUAAAGUUCUUGUACCUGCUCUUAGGACAUUGGGAAAUAUUGUCACUGGAAAUGAUGUCCAAACCCAGAUCAUGAUAAAAAAUUUAGCACUUCCUCACCUUCUGCAAAUUCUUACAUCAAGUUAUGACAACUAUAUCAAACAGGAGGUUUGUGGGGUUAUCUCAAACAUCACUGCUGGAAAUAGCAAUCAGAUUCAGGCUGUCAUAGAUGCAAACAUUGUCAGUCCAUUGGUGCAGCUACUGCAGCAUGCAGAAUUUUCUGUCAAGAAAGUGGCUUUCUGGGCUAUAUCAAAUGCCAUCCAUGGUGGUUCUAACUGCCAAAUCCAAUUUUUGGUCAGCCAAGGAUGCAUUGAGCCACUAUGUGAUCUUCUUGCCUACCCUGCCCCAUCAAUUAACGCCAUUUGCAUGGAGUGUCUUGAUAAAAUUUUGGAGGUGGGUGAGGCCAACAAGCAUCUGGGUAUAACCGCAGGUCGAAACCUCUAUGCACAGAUGAUUUGUGAUUGUGAUGGGUUCAACAAAAUUGAGUCGCUUGUGGCACAUGACAACAUUGUCAUCUAUAAGAUGGCAGUAAAUAUACUUAAAAGGUUUUGGGUGGACGACGAAGAAGACAUGCAGGAUUUUGAUUAGGGUGCCAAGCAUGGGCUUCAACAAAAAUCUGUUGCCUCCCCUUCUGUGAUGACUUUUUUUUUUAUUUUUUUCCCAUUUUAGAGCACGUCCGGAGUGCGUGCAGGUUGACAGCAUUCUACUGUGUGCAUCUAAAACUUAAAAUAUUUUUCCUGUGUUCGCAUGUUGAUGUGUUAACUGUUUUUUUCGA